AUAAUGGUGGGGGUGUGUGGAUUUUCACCUGAUGGUCUGCAGACACAAUGCGUGGAAUGGAAACAUCGUCUGCUUUGCUGCUCCUCUUGUCCUCCUUACUACAGAUUGCUUUAUGCGGAAUCAUUACACAGUUAAAUCCAGAAACAAGCUGGGAAAACACCAUGGAUGUGGUUGUAGAACGUAAACGCUACAAUGUUACGGUUGUUUUACACUCAGGUACAGAACCCGUGUUUAGUGAGAAUGUACAUGUGGACCAUUGCAAAGAAUUAAGGGAGGAACUGGAAGAUAAGAUAAAUGAAGUACACGACCAAAGCCGAGUGAACUCCUUACUAGCAAUAAGGAUAGCAGAACUUCAGUCUGCUUUAAGGCAGAGGAACCAAGACGCCACAUUUCAGGUUUCUGUUCUCCAGCAGCAACUGCAGGAAGCCAUAAAAAAACUGGACACAAAGAUGGCCAACAUUCAUAAAAAGGGUGUAACUAUAAUUGAAGUGCACAACUUUGCGGUGUUUCUACAGCAAUGGGUCAUCAACCAAACUACUGUUCAGAUCACUUUACUUCAGAAUGAACAGGAGCAGAUGAUAAGCAAACUGGAUGAGGACGCCGAUGACACAAGUAAACUGAUUCUACAGAUUCUUGCACUUAAGACCCGACUGGCCCAGAUCCAGUCCGAAACAUCACCUGAGAUCCCCGAUUUGCUACAACAACUGAAAACAAAAUUUGAACAGCUGGAGACCAAGAGCAGUGAACUUGAGUUAAACCACACCCUUUAUUUGCAGAUAGUGGAUCUGCAGAGCAAAGUAUGGGACUUUGAGACUAAAACCCCCGAUGAAGAGAUUUCAAGAACGCUAUCAGACACUUUAAAUCAGCUGGAAGACAAAAUGCAUCAGCUGAACGAUGACAGCGAUGGUGAUACGAACUUGGUUCUGAAGAUAUACUUCCUGCAGAGUAUUGUGAGAGAGCUGCAAAGACAGUCCUUAAACCAGUCAGAGCCUGGAGAGGAUGCUGGACUUGAGAAGAAGCUCACAGACAAGAAGAAGGAACUUGAGGGGGCUCUGAUGCAACUGAGACGCAGCGAUGGCAGAAAUUCUGAAAUGCUUGUGAAAAUUGUUGGAUUGCAGAAAACAAUAUCCGACUUACAAUUAGAAUCCCAAAAUACGAAUGCCACUGCUCACAUUGCUGGACUGCAGAAGCAACUGAAUGUUAUGAGUGAGAGAAACUUGCAGCUACAGACUAAGUACAAUGGGCUUCUUAGGGAACUGCAGGAGAAGGGUGAUCUACUGGCCAAAAGUUAUUCUAAAAAUGCUCAACUGGCUUCAAGGGUAACUGAGCUUGAAAUUCAGCUGGAAAGCACUUCACACCAGCAGUCUUCUCAGAUCACUAUGCUUCAGAACAAACUGGAGGACUCGAUUGCCAACCUGAACGAGAAGGACAACGACAACAGUAAACUAAUUCUGCAGAUACUUACUCUACAAAUGGAGGUGAAGGAGCUGCAGCAGGGCUCAUCGUCCCAGAUUGCAGAUUUACAGUUUCAACUGCAAGAGAAGACUCGAAAACUACGGAGGACAUCCGAACAACUGAAUAUCAAUAUGGAUUUAAACUCUAAACUAGUUCUGCAGAUACUGGAGCUACAGGGCAUCAUAUGGGACCUCGAACGAGGAGUCAGUAACACAACAGACGCCUCCCAAAUACCCGACCUGCUGCACUUACUUGAGAGCAAGAUUAACCAGCUGGAAAACACCACCACUGAUGAGUCUAAAACCGUCCUGAAGAUUUUUACGCUGCAGAGUAUCAUCAGAGAGCUACGCAGGGAAGCCUCCAAUGUAACUGUCCCAGACCACGUUAUCGAAAUUCAGAUGAAACUAGAACAGAAGACCAAGGAUCUUGAGGGGGUUCUGGCACAACUGAAAUCCAAAAAAGAUGAGAACUCCCAGCUGCUUGCAAAAAUUGUUGAGCUGCAGGAUAAGGUGUCUGAGGUGAAGGCCUCCAAUCAGACGGCUUCUAUCCUGAUUUCCGGAAUGACAAAGAAACUGAGAGACGUUGAAGAAAAAUACGGCAGGCUACAGAAAAACUACAGCGACCUACAGACACAGUUCCGUGCUAAAGAGGAAGCCUACGAGCAGCUGAAAACAAGACACGCGGAACUUCUAAAGAAGUUGAACGGGGCAACUGAGAUCAACUCCAAACUCCAGAGACAGCUGGACGAUAAGGAUGAAGAAUAUUCCAUCUUGCAGAUAAAAUACGAUGAACUGCGAAAACAAUUAAAACAGAAGAAUGAAAACUGCUCUAGACUGCAGUCUGAAUAUAACGAAUUAAAAGACAACCUGGAAGCAAGGAAGGUGGAGGAACUGCGGCUGCAGGACAACUACCUUGACCUGAGAAAACAAUUGACUGAAAAGGAAACACAGUAUUCCAGACUCAAGAGCAAAUAUGAGGAUUUGCAGAAUGAGCUCAGCGAAAAGACUGCCGAUUUCAACAAGCUGCAGAAGAAAUUCAAUGACGUGCAAAAGGGGCUAAAUGAAGAGAAUGAUUUCAAAAUCAAGACAGGUUUGUCUAAAAAUUUAUGUCUCUACCUGCACCCAAAUAUUCUUUUUAUUAAACCAAUAUUCUGUUCCUUAUCACAAUGGUGAUAUAUAAUGCUUAAUAUACGGCUGCAACAAAAUGUGUGUUUAUGUAUAUAUUAUUACACAAACAAGCUAUGGCAUUAAAGGUCAUUUCAUCGCAAGAGAUGAAUUGGGACCUUUCUAGAAGCUUGAAAAUA